UCCUCUCCUAGAUAGUUGGUAUCAGUGUGUUUAAACGGUGUUUGGUAUGACUGAAUAAAUGUCGAUUAUAUAGGUUAUGUCUGUGUUUCCGUUUAAAUAUUUUCAAACGUUUUCUCAAAACAUUACUUAAAAUCUGUGUAAAAAAUGGUGCGCAGUGGACGCGAUCGAAGCAGGAGCCCUGAACGAAGACGCAAACGGACAAGAUCCAGGAGCAAAGACAGAACGAAAGUGAGCAGAUAUCGCAGGAGCAGAUCGAGAGAAAACCGGCGCAGAAGCAGAAGCAGAUCGAAGGAACGACGAAGCAGAUCCAGGGAACGACGCGAACGACGUUCUCACAGCAGAGAGCGUGAUAGACGUGGCGAAAGAAGAGGGGGCACAGGCAAAUCAAGGAGGAGAGACAAAUCAAGGACCAGAUCAAAAUCAAAUGAGAAAAAAGUGGAGGAUGCAGCAUUGUCGUUUGAUCCCAAUAAUCUGGAUAAAGAGGAGGAACAAAAAAAAUUGGAGCUAGAGAUGCAAAAGAGGAGAGAGAGAAUAGAAAGGUGGCGGGCUGAAAGGAAGAAAAAGGAGCAAGAGGCUACAAAAAAAGAGGCACAAAAAGGAACUCUAGUGCAAAAUUUAACUAUACCACAAGGGGCUGUUAAAAAGUGGUCUCUAGAGGAUGACUCAGAGGAUGAGGAUAAGGCUGAUUCAAAAACUAAUCCAGAGCAGGCUUGUCAACCAGAAUUGUGUAAGGAUGAAAAGGAAGAAGUGAAAGAGGAAGAGGAGAAGGAAGUAAAAGAGGAGGUGAAAGAUGAGGAAAUGGAGGAAGAAGAUGUGGAUCCUCUAGAUGAAUAUAUGAAAGGAGUGCAAGAGGAGGUGAGAAAAAUCAACAAAUUUGAUUUAAAAAAGUCACAGUCGGACAAUAAGAGUUCUCUGGUUAUCGUCACGGGCGUAGCCAAAUCAAAAGUGACAAAGAAUAAGGGUGAACUGAUUGAACAGAACCAGGAUGGAUUGGAGUAUUCCUCUGAAGAGGAGCAGGAGGAUUUAAAGGAUACUGCAGCAAGCAUAGCUAAUAAACAAAAGAAAGAUUUGGCCAAAAUUGAUCAUAAUAAUAUAGUGUACAUACCAUUCAGAAAGAAUUUUUAUGUUGAGGUACCGGAAAUUGCUAAAAUGACGCACGAAGAGGUUGAAGCUUACAAGGAGGAAAUGGAAGGAAUUAGAGUUAAAGGUAAAGGCUGCCCAAAACCGAUAAAAACGUGGGCGCAGUGUGGCGUCUCGACUAAGGAACUCAACAUAUUGAAACGACUUGGUUUCGAUAAACCUACGCCAAUCCAGGCCCAGGGCAUACCAGCCAUUAUGUCAGGUAGAGAUCUGAUUGGUAUUGCGAAAACGGGCAGCGGUAAAACGUUGGCGUUUCUGUUACCGAUGUUUAGGCACAUACUGGACCAACCGCCAUUGGAUGAGACAGACGGCCCGAUCGCCGUCAUCAUGACGCCGACCAGAGAAUUGUGCAUGCAAAUUGGCAAGGACAUCAAAAAGUUCACCAAAAGUUUAGGAUUGCAUGCUGUAUGUGUAUACGGCGGCACUGGUAUUUCGGAACAGAUAGCCGAAUUGAAACGAGGAGCGGAAAUUAUAGUAUGUACACCGGGAAGGAUGAUAGACAUGCUGGCCGCGAAUAGCGGCAAGGUAACUAAUCUACGUCGUGUUAGCUAUAUAGUUUUGGACGAGGCAGAUCGGAUGUUCGAUAUGGGUUUUGAGCCUCAAGUUAUGAGGAUCAUCGACAACGUGCGGCCUGACCGUCAAACAGUCAUGUUUAGCGCCACAUUUCCUCGUCAAAUGGAAGCGUUGGCACGCCGGAUACUACAACGGCCUGUCGAAGUGCAGGUCGGUGGUAGAUCUGUCGUUUGCAAAGAAGUAGAACAGAACGUCGUGAUUUUAGAAGAGGAUCAGAAAUUUUUGAAGUUACUGGAAUUGUUGGGAUUGUAUCAAGAGCAUGGGAGUAUCAUCGUGUUUGUUGACAAGCAAGAGAACGCCGACAUUUUGUUAAAGGAAUUAAUGAAGGCUGCAUAUAAUUGUAUGUCAUUGCACGGCGGUAUCGAUCAAUUCGAUCGUGAUUCCACGAUUAUUGAUUUUAAGAGCGGAAAAGUUAAACUGUUGAUCGCCACUUCUGUUGCGGCCAGAGGUUUAGACGUUAAACAACUUAUCCUAGUUGUUAACUAUGAUUGUCCCAACCACUAUGAGGAUUACGUGCAUCGUUGCGGAAGAACUGGACGAGCGGGCAAUAAAGGUUUUGCUUACACUUUUAUAACGCCUGAACAGGCAAGAUACGCAGGGGAUAUUAUUAGAGCGUUUGAAUUGGCCACUGUACCCGUUCCUGAUGCAUUACGUUCCCUGUGGGAAAGUUACAAGCAGAAACAAGAGGCUGAAGGCAAAAAGGUGCAUACAGGUGGUGGUUUUAGCGGAAAAGGUUUCAAAUUCGACGAGAACGAAGCAGCUGCAGUGAAUGAAAGGAAGAAGUUCCAAAAGGCAGCCCUUGGUCUCGCAGAUUCUGACGACGAGGAUUUGGAGCACGAUAUCGAUCAGCAGAUUGAAAGCAUGUUUGCAACCAAGCGAACUGUGAAAGAAAUCAAAGCACCACUCGGAAUUAUCAAUCCGGCUGCUAUGGGUAAUAGUAAUACGGCUGUUGACAAGUUAGAGCUAGCCAAACGGCUCGCAUCCAAGAUCAAUCUAACUAAAAACUCGUCGUUGGAUACGAAGUUCGCUACGCAACAGGCGGCGGAAUCUAUACUGAAGGGCAGCGGUAGCCAGCCACCGAUUACGGCCAAAACGGUGGCCGAACAGCUGGCCGCCAAGCUGAACACAAAGCUCAACUAUCAGCCAAAAGAUGAUGAAGACCGUUUAGACGACGAUUCUGAGCAAACGUUCAGGAAAUAUGAGGAGGAACUGGAGAUAAACGAUUUUCCCCAGCAGGCUCGCUGGAGAGUUACCUCAAAGGAAGCCCUCGCUCAAAUUUCGGAAUAUUCGGAAGCGGGGAUAACAGUGAGAGGUACAUAUGUUCCUACGGGUAAGGCGCCGCCCGAGGGCGAGAGAAAAUUAUACUUGGCGAUUGAAAGUACGUCGGACAUUGCGGUUUCGAAGGCGAAGUCUGAGAUUACUCGGCUAAUCAAGGAGGAGUUGCUUAAAUUGCAGACGGCUGGUCAUCAUACCUUUAAUAAGGCUAGAUAUAAGGUUGUUUGAAUUAGUCUGUUAUUCUGAUGUAUUAUUAAUUAAAUCCCAUUAAAUAAAUCGAUUUAAAUUUA